AUGGGUCGAAGCCGUAGCCGCUCCCCACGAAGGGAACGUAGGCGGUCCCGGUCUACAUCCCGGGAUCGGGAAAGAAGGCGCCGAGAAAGGUCCCGGUCCAGGGAGAGAGAUCGCAGAAGGAGCCGCUCAAGAUCCCCACACCGAAGACGCUCCAGGUCUCUAAGACGACAUAGAUCCACAUCUCCCUCUCCUUCUCGCCUGAAAGAAAGAAGAGAUGAGGAAAAGAAAGAAACUAAAGAAAUAAAGAGCAAAGAACGUCAGAUUACUGAGGAAGAUUUGGAGGGUAAAACAGAGGAAGAAAUAGAAAUGAUGAAAUUAAUGGGAUUUGCCUCUUUUGACUCCACAAAAGGGAAGAAGGUAGAUGGCUCUGUAAAUGCCUAUGCCAUAAUCGUGUCUCAGAAGAGGAAAUACAGGCAGUACAUGAAUCGAAAAGGCGGAUUCAACAGACCUCUGGAUUUUAUUGCAUGAGACUUGAAGUGUUGGAAGGAGGAUUUUCCCCUUCAUCUGGGUCAGAGAUUAUUUUAUAUUUUGUAUUUAAUACACAUCAAAACAGGAUCUUGGUUCUUCCUUUUUAUAAAGUAAGAAAGUCUUAUUUGUGACACCCAGUUUACUUACUUUCUUUGGGAGGUAGGUAAAAACUUCUCAAGGCAGUGUCCCUGGGGUGGCCACCAGUCCACUUAUCUGUCCUUGUUCCUUAGAACCUGGGUGUGCUUUUCCGUGGAUGUUUGCUAGAUGUUCUUAAAAAUGGAAAGUAACUUACAUGCUUUUCCCCAAUAAAACUAUUUCUACCCAUUUAAAA